AUGAGUGUCAACGGUGUAAAUUUAGAAUUUUGGAGAUUAAUUGACAAACUGUGGGUAAAAUUCAAAGAGGAUCUCAAGAAAGAAAUUAAACUUAUUGAUGAAAGUGUAUUUUCUGUAGGUGAAUUUAACAUUAAAGUUGGUAUUAGUGUUGUUCGAGGCUUUAUACCUUGUGUAGAGUUAAUUUUUAAAUCGCGUAAUGAUGAGUUAAACAAAAUUUGCCUUCACCACGAAGAUUGGGAUCAUUUAAUUUAUAUAUUCAAACAAUUUUACAUCAACAAGGAGGUGAUUUCAAGUGACACAAUACCAUUAGCAGAAGGAAUUUUAAAUAUUACCCGCCUGAGUGAGAACGUACUAUGUAUUAAAUGCGAAGACUUCGAUGUUGAUGGAAAUUUGAGAACCUCUUUGAUACCUAUUAUGGCUCCGUUCGUGAUUUAUGCUGACUUUGAAUCGAUUCUACAACCCAUCAACUUUUGCGAGCCCAAUUCAUCCAAAUCUUUUACCGAAAAAGUUGAGAUGCAUCAGCCCUACAGUUUCGCUUAUUACAUCGUUUCCACCGUUGAUAGCAGUUUCAAUAAAUUCGAAACGUAUACGGGACUCGAUGCAUCUAAAGUUUUUAUUUCAAAAUUACUCGAUGAUGUCAAAUUUAUUUACGACAAAUACUUCAAAACCGUAAAACCAAUGCUACCUCUAACGAUCGAUGAGCAACAGAAUUUCGAUUCGGCUGAAAAUUGUUUUAUUUGUCAAAAUCCUUUCACAUCCGAUCAGGUUAAGGUUCGCGAUCAUUGUCACAUAAGCGUGGUUACGAUUGUCAUUUAUUUAUUAAAGAAAUGGCUGAUGUGGAUGAACAUGGACUUGAUGUAUUGCCGAACAAUAAAGAAAACUACAUCAGUUUUAGUAAAAGAAUGUUGGUCGAUAAAAUUUAUGGCAUCUUCAUUAGAUUCUUUAGCUGAUAACCUAGAAAAAUGUGACUUUAUCAAUAUACGUAAAUUCUUUCCAUACAUUGAACAUUUUAAAUUGCUAACAAAAAAGGGUAUAUUUUCAUACAAUUAUAUAACCUGUUUCGAUAAAUUAAAUGAUACCCAACUACCGCCUAAAAGUAUGUUUUACAACAAAUUAACUUUAGAAGAUAUAAGUGAUGAGCAAUAUUUGCACGCUCAACUUGUGUGGAAAGAAUUUAAUUGUCAAAACUUAAAAGAGUAUUCCGACUUAUACUUAAAGACCGACGUUCUUUUAUUAGCCGAUGUUUUCGAGAAAUUUAGACGUGUAUGUUUUAAAACGUACGGUUUGGAUCCAACUCAUUAUUAUACGGCACCGGGACUUUCUUGGGAUGCCAUGUUAAAAUUCACUAAAAUUAAAUUGGAAUUGUUAACGGAUAUAGAUCAAGUUCAUUUCGUUAAAAAAGGUAUCCGUGGGGGUAUUUCCCAAUGCUCCCUACGGCAUGCUAAAGCUAACAAUAAAUAUAUGAAAAAUUAUGACGUCAAUUCACCCUCAAAAUUUUUAAUGAAUUGGGACGCUUAUAAUUUGUAUGGGUGGGCAAUGUAUCAAUUUAUACCCUUUUCCGAUUUUAAAUGGCUGUCUGAAAACGAAAUAGAAAAUUUUGAUUUUAAUAAUAUAUCUGAUAUUGCCGAUUUUGGAUUUAUUUUAGACGUUGAUAUUGAAUACCCCGAAAAUUUACACGAUCUACAUAAUGAUCUCCCAUUCCUAGCUGAAAACCUAUUACCACCUAACGCCGUUGCUCACGGUCUUAAAGUUUGUAAAAUUAAUAGAGUUUUAUCGUUUAGACAGUCUGCGUGGUUGAAAUCUUACAUCGAUAAAAAUACAGAACUACGUCAAUCAGCUAAAAACGCGUUUGAAAAAGACUUUUUUAAAUUAAUGAAUAACGCAGUUUUCGGUAAAACUAUGGAAAAUGUUGAUAAGAGGGUUGAUGUAAGAUUAGUCACCAGUUGGGAAGACGUUCAUGGUCAUAGAGCGGGUAGACCAAAAUUAGGGGCGCGCAGCUUAAUCGCUAAAUUAAAUUUUAAGAAUAUUAAAAUUUUUACGGAAACAUUUUCGGCUAUUCAAAUGGAACGUCUUCAUAUCGUUUACGAUAAACCUUUAUAUGUUGGUUUUACGGUUUUAGAGUUGUCGAAAUUAUUAAUGUACAACUUUUUUUAUGGUUUUUUAAAACCAAAGUAUGGUGAAGGUAUUCGGUUAUGUUACAUGGAUACGGAUAGCUUCACCGUUCUAAUUAAUUCCAAUGAUGUUUAUACAGAUGUAAAAUUAAAUUUAAAUAAAUUUGACACGUCUAACUACAGUCCUGAUAAUCAGUUUGACGUCCCGUUACAAAAUAAAGCGGUUUUAGGUCUCAUGAAGGAUGAGAAUUGUGGUGAAAUUAUGGAAGAAUUUGUGGGUUUAAGAUCGAAGGUGUAUGCUAACAGAGUCGCUGAUGGGCGGGUUACUAAAAAAUCUAAAGGUGUAAAGAAGGCUGUCGUGAAACGUAAAAUUACUUUUAAAAAUUAUAUCGAUUGUUUAAAUUCUAAAGCCGUUUUGUUUAGAAAGCAAUUAUCUUUUAGAAGUUUUCAUCAAAUAAUUUUUACUAUCUUACAAAAUAAAUUGGUUCUUUCACCAAGCGAUGUAUUUGUAAUGACGGGAUUGAUACAUUAG